AUGCUGGCCGCGUCGCGAUCGGCGCCGCCGUCACCGACGGGCCCCCCAUCGAGCACCGGCCCCUUGGCAGCCCCGCAGCAGCCGGCACCGAGUCCGAGCAGCCGGUCCCCCGCGCCACGGCCAGGAUGCCUGCCGGGGGGCAAGCGCUUGCCGGCGUCCGUGUGGCUUAUCCAACUCCCGGAAGUCCCCCUGACGCCGGGCGAGCUCUACUGCCGGGACAUCGAGGCCGGGCGAAAGCCCCUUCCGAAGGGCUUUGACUCGGUCAAUUGCCUGCGGCUGCUGCUGCGGCUGUUGGGCUUGCAGAUGCAGGCGUGCACCAUGAUGAUGCUCGGCCGGCUGAUGGGGUUCGACCAGAACACCAUCCAGGUGCUGAGCCGGGAAUAUAUCCUGCAGGGGCUGGCGAUCCCGCCGCCGGGGCGCAAGACGGCCCCGCGCGCCGUACGCACGGUCCAAUUCUCGGAGGAGGCCCUGGCCGAAGUGGAAGACCUGAUGACCCGCGACCCGCCGGUGCCGGUGAAGGUGAUCGGGUAUCUGCUGGGGUUACCCCACCCGAUCUUGUAUCGCGGCAUUGAGACCAUGCUGCCGGAUUUGAUGCCGCCGGUGGAAGAUCGGGGGCCCUGCCUGUGGCGCCUGCUGAUGCUGGCUUCCGUGCGCCCGCCGAUGCACCUCCGGCAGAUGGCGACGCUGCUGUCCGUCUCGCAGAGGGCCAUCCACCGUGCGGUCGACAUUUCGGCCUUCAUGCCGACCUUGCAGAUCGACAAGCCCUCGGCCUCGCAGUGGCGGCGGCUCCGGGAACUCCUGGCCCAGGAGGACCCGGUGCUCUCCCUGGCGGAGAUCGCCGACCAAACCAACAUCAACAUCCGGACCCUGAUGAGCUGGGGCCCAUACAUUGACCCCUCCUAUGCGGCCCGGGCAUGGGGGCAGCUGGACCAGAUGCAUCCAUUGCGAUCGGGCUCCUCGCCGGCCGGCAUGGCACUUCACAGGGGCACCACGGGCCAGACCCUGAGGGCCUUUCAAAUUCGCUGGUAUCGCCAGCUUUAUCUGUUUGCCAAGCCGCCGGGCGCAUCGAACGCCGGCUUGAAGUCGCACAAUCGGCCACGCCAGCUGGCGACGAUCACCAUGGGGGACUAUCUCGACCGGUGUUGUCCCCUGCCGCUGGAGGCCAUGGUGUCCAUGGCGGCCGAUGAGGGGGCCGACGCGGCGCCCCGCUUGGGCCCCGGCGACGAUGUGCACUCCGAAUCCCUCGCCCGGGACGACGCCCAAGACGGCGGGGGGGCUGCUGGCGCCGGCGUCGGGCCCGCCACGGCCGCCGCCGCCGCCGCCGCCGCCGCCACCACCACCACCGCCACCAGCGACCAUGGCAACUGGUCGUCGGAGGACGAGCGGCUGCUGUGUCUCCUGUCUCUGCGGCCGGCCUUGUCGAUCUUCGAGAUAUCGGUGCAGAUGUCGGUCCCGAAGCACACCCUGCAGGAGCGCAUCCGUCGGUUGAAGAUUGACGAGGGCCUCCGGUCGAAUGCCCCCUACAUGCGCUUGACCGCCAGGGGGAUCGCCGACUUCCGCCAGCUGGCCCUGGAGGCGGAUCCCUCGAAGGCCGGGCAUACGCGACGCUCGGUGCGGGACAUUGCCCGGAAGUUGGGCCGCUCGCCGGAUGAGGUGUUCUCCGCGCUGCACCGGUACUGUCCGGAGUACUUUUUCCUGGGGCUUCCGCCGGAGCUCGCGUCCGGCCCGGCGGGCAUGUAUGUCCCGGAGGAAAAACUGCAGCCCCUGCUGGCGGCGGUGGCGAACCAGUACCCGGUGCCGGUGUUGCACCAGGUGGCGGUGGAUCUGGCCUGCUCCCUGCCCCAGGUGAUCAACUCGCUGCGGGUCCAUCUGCCGGACAUGCCGCUGCCGCAGUACUCUCGGACCUUUUUGUAUCGUCUCCCGGAGCUGGAGGCCUUCCUCAGCCAGGGGACCUGGCCAUCACGGAGAAAGAUGGCGGCGCAUUUUGGCAUCAGCCUGUACACACUCUCGCACGCCUUGCAGACCAUCGGCUAUGUGCCCGCUCAAAAGUCGACUGUGUAG